UAAAAAACACUAACUUUUCCAUGUAAAUAGGUGUGAACAGCUUGUUUUUAAGAUUUGAUCAUCAUCAGCUUUUAAAAGAAAAGCUUUAAACCCAGUAAGAAGAAGAAGAUGAAGAUAGAGAUUGUAAACACGAAAUGGAUAGCCACGGUUGCAAGCAUAUGGAUUCAAAGCAGCGUUGGUGCGUCCUACACCUUCGGUAUCUACUCUUCCAUCCUCAAAUCCUCUCAAGGCUACGACCAAUCAACUCUUGACACCGUCUCCGUCUUCAAAGACAUCGGUGCCAACGCAGGCAUCCUCUCCGGUCUCCUUUACUCCGCUUUCACUCUGCAAAAUAACCGAAGAAGAUUAGGUGUGUUUGCUGGACCGUGUGUUGUCCUCUUGGCCGGUGCAAUCCAGAGCUUCUUGGGGUAUUUCGUGAUGUGGGCAUCUGUUGUUGGGUUGAUUCGCCGGCUUCCGGUGGCGGUGAUGUGUUUCUUCACAUGGAUGGCUGCUCACGCGCAGACGUUUUCUAAUACGACGAAUGUGGUGAGUGGGGUUCACAAUUUCGGAGAUUAUGGUGGGACCAUCGUCGGGAUCAUGAAGGGCUUUCUUGGUUUGAGUGGAGCAAUUCUAAUCCAGCUCUAUCAAACAGUGUGCAAUGGUGAUCCUGGCACUUUCCUUCUUCUUCUUGCACUGACGCCAACUCUAGUCUCUCUCUUGUUCAUGAGUUUGGUACGAAACUAUGACACAAAUACAAAAGAUGACAAGAAGUACUUGAAUGCUUUCUCUGCAGUUUCUCUGAUUAUUGCAGCUUAUCUCACAAUCAUCAUAAUUUUGGAAAACAUCAGUAGUCUGUCAUCGUUGGCGCGCAUAAUUACGUUCACAGUCUUGCUGCUUCUAGUUGCCUCACCUCUUGGAAUUGCAGUCAGAGCCCAUAGAGAGGACUCUGAUAGGUAUGCACAAGCGUUACUGGAACAGAGGGGUAGCAAACAGAACGCAGUGAUAUCUUCUGAGAUCUGUAAAGCAGAGGAUUCUAUAGAAUAUCAUGAACUGCCUAGUGAAGAAGGUCAAGCAAAGGCUGCUUCUGACGACGAAAGGCUGUCAGAUGAAGGAAACAUGAAUCUCUUGCAAGCCUUAUGUAGCGUAAACUUCUGGUUGUUAUUUAUCGCUAUGUUUUGUGGCUUAGGUUCUGGACUUGCUAUGAUAAACAACAUCAGUCAAAUAGGAGAAUCUCUGGGUUACACAGCCACUGAAAGAAAUUCUUUGGUUUCAUUGCUGAGUAUAUGGAACUUUCUUGGCCGUUUUGGAGCUGGCUUUGUGUCAGAUAUUUUCUUGCACAGAGGUGGUUGGGCAAGACCACUGUUUGUCGCUGUUACUCUAGCAAUCAUGACCAUUGGCCAUGCAAUUGUUGCUGCUGGUUUUUCCAAGAACUUGUACUUGGGUUCGGUACUAGUUGGUGUUGCUUACGGUUCACAGUGGUCAUUGAUGCCUACCAUCACUUCUGAGAUAUUUGGGGUGGGGCACAUGGGGACUAUAUUCAACACCAUUGCCCUAGCAAGUCCCGUUGGAUCUUAUACAUUCUCUGUAAGAGUAAUCGGGUUCAUUUACGAUAAAGUAGGAAGCAGUGAAGAUAAUACAUGCUUCGGCAGUCGAUGCUUUAUGUUAUCUUUUAUGAUCAUGGCAUCUGUUGCUUUCUUUGGAGUUCUUGUUGCUCUCCUAUUGUUCUUUCGGACCAGGAGGUUCUAUAAGUCGGUCGUGUUCAGGCGUUUGCAAAAUUUGUAGAGACAUGAGAGGUGAAGGUGGAAGGUUUUGUGAGACAGAAUGUAUGUUACAGUCAAUUUUCCUGUUCAGGUUGGCGUGCAUGGCAAGGAUCAUCAUUCUACUGAUAAGUCCUAUAUGAUACGAUCGAAUCAGAGAAAUUUUCAGCUUAAUGUCAAGGAUAAGAGUCAACCAGAUCUCCUUGUAAUCACAACAGCAUCAGCAUAAUCACACAUAUAUGAUCAUCAUUCCAGCUUAAUUAAUGUCCUGAUUGCUGUAUGAUUUUCUAUCGUAUUACAGCUGCCUAAUUUCUAUCGUAUAGCUAUUUUGAUCUCAAAUGCUUUGUGUAUUCAAGUUCUGCAAGGAUGAAAAUCAAGCCUUUUGGCCUUAAUAUUAUACUUUAUUUGUUCACUUUCUUUUC